AUUCAUGAAAAGAGCCGUGCGCAAGACGAAAGAAGAAUCGACGCACUCAUGAGAUCCACUCAGAGGAAAAUAGCGGAUGCCCUGCAGCCCUGCCGGAGAGUUUUGCCUUGGCUGGCGUUAAAUGAGAUGUUUACGGCUGAAUUUUUGACGUCGAGACCAAUCACUUUGAUAAUCGAGACUGACGACGGGCAAAAGAUCACUGCGCGGUCUUCCGGUCUACCUGCGUCUGUAUGGGCUCGGACUCUUGCUUCUGAAUUACAUGAAUCGACGAAAUCGUACAAACGCUCGCCGCCAUGGCAACUCGACGAGAAGGAAACCAGUGAAUUGUUGUACAAGUAUCACAGUAAUCUUCUAUUCCCAUCAAAUAGCGAAUUGCAUUCACUAAAGAAUGACGUAUAUGAAAUAUGCAAUGUAUCGCAAUUCGUGCUGCCGAUUUCGCAGAAACAAAUAUGCCGUAAAACCAAGAUAAAAUCACGAAGCUUUGAUAUUGUUCUCGUUUUGGAAGAAUCCAUAUCUUUGCCCUUCAACGAUGACACUGCGACCUUUGAGAUCCGACGUGAAUAUUCGUUGAAAAAUAUUACUUUGUGA